CAACAACAACACACAAAAACAAUGAGGUCGCCUUUUAUUACUGAAAAUACACCAAAAAACAAACGAGCCAGUUGGUCACACUUAAAAACCAAACAUUUUAUUUGGGAUUUCAGCAACAAUUGCUUGGUAUUUUCGGCUGCCAUUGCGGAGAACCCCAAUGAGAACGUGAUACGUGAGCGCAACGCGGAGAUCGUCUCCGGCGGCAAUGUCUUCUACAAUCCUGUCCAGGAAUUCAACCGGGAUCUGAGCAUCGCCGUGCUGAACGUCUACUACCGGCGAUUGGCCAAGGAAAGGAGCGAAAAGGCUCUCAAAAAGCAGCGAAAGAAGGUGAAAGAUAACCAGACGGAAGAGAAACCCGAAACUGAGGUUCCAGAAGAUCCGCCUGUCUAUGUGGCAGGCACACGCUAUGAGGAUGGAUUGCGGAUCCUGGAGGCUCUGGCGGCCACCGGGCUGCGAAGCAUCCGCUAUGCCCAGGAAAUCGCUGGCGUCCGUCAGAUCGUGGCCAACGAUUUGUCCCGACAGGCGGUGGCGUCCAUCAACACGAAUGUGCGGCACAACAAGGUCGAAGAGCUGAUCGAGGCCAGCCACGCGGAUGCCAUGACUGUUAUGUACCUUUCCACGGCCCCCGAGAAACGCUUCGAUGCCGUAGACCUUGAUCCGUAUGGAUGCCCGAAUCGCUUUUUAGACGGCGCUAUGCAGUGCCUUGUGGACGGUGGCCUUCUGCUGGUGACCGCCACCGACAUGGCCGUGCUGGCCGGCAACGCUCCGGAAGCCUGCUAUGUGAAGUACGGCUCGGUGCCGCUGCGAAUGAAGUGCUGCCACGAGAUGGCAUUGCGUAUUUUGCUGCACUGCAUCGAGAGCCAUGCAAAUAGGCAUGGCAAGUACAUCGAGCCACUGCUAAGCAUCUCGGCGGACUUUUACAUUCGCAUCUUUGUGCGAGUGCACGUGGGACAGGCGCAGUGCAAGCUCUCGAUGAGCAAGCAGUCGUGGAUGUACCAGUGCACUGGCUGCGAGACCUUCACCCUGCAGCCCUUGGGCAUAACGAAGCCCAAUCCCACUGCUGGGAAUCCGCAGCAGCUCAAGUUUGGCAUACCCACGGGUCCGGCCGUGAACUCGCAGUGCGAGCACUGCGGCCACAGGCACCACCUAGGUGGACCCAUCUGGUCAGCGCCACUGCACAACCCGGAAUUCGUUCAGGAUCUGCUAAAGGCAGUUCAGGAGCCGCCGCUGGAAUCCUUGGGCACCCAAAGAAGGAUUGUGGGAGUGCUGUCCAUGGUACAGGAGGAGCUGCAGGACGUUCCGCUGUAUUACACGCCGGACAAGCUUUGUUGCGUGCUCAAGCUGGAAAUUGUGCCCAUGCUGAAGUUCCGCUCUGCCAUUCUGCAUGCUGGCUACCGUGUCUCCUACUCGCAUGCCUCGAAGAACUCUCUGAAGACGGACGCCCCGCCAGCGGUGCUGUGGGAUAUCCUGCGUUGCUGGAGCAAGCGACAUCCGGUUAAUCCGGAUCGGAUGAUUCCUGGCACUCCAUUACAGGCCAUACUAUCGAAGCCAUGCACCAAGGACUACGAGUUCGAUGAACUUCACCCGGCCGCCAAUCCGAAGAGCCGUAAAUCGGCCUUAUCGCGCUUCCAGGAGAAUCCCACGCCGCACUGGGGACCAGGAACCAGGGCCACCAUUAUGAUUGGAGACAACAAAUUGCCCAAGAGCUAUAAGAACCAGAACAAGAAGCAGCGUCACAAGGCUUCGCAACAGCAGCCAGGCAAUGGGGAUCAAAAGGAUGAGCCAAAACAACCGGAAAUUGAGGAUGAUAGUGAUGCGGAGCACUUGGCCAAGCAGCCCAAGCUGGAGGCGACUGCGUGACGGCUGCUCCUAGCCAUUAAUUUAUUCAGGAAUCCAAAAACAAAACUAACGAAAUUAUCUGGAAAGGCGAAAGUGUGUCUAGUAGCGGAAGAAGUUGCCGUCGGAGGUCUGGCGCGAGAAUCCAUUAUUGACCAGCUGGUUGUGGACGCCGCUGCAAAUUAGCUUGGUGCUGUGUGGAUGAAUUUUCUCCUUGCAACCACCUAAGAAAAGUAGAAGGGAUUGGAUAAAAGAAUCAAUUUGUGUUCAUAAAUAUUUUUGUUCAUUUUGACUUUAAAAAAAGUAAAACAAUUAAAUUAGACGUUUUGUAAAAAAAACAAUUACUAUCUUUUUUUGUUAAAGAUAGCAAAGAUCAAGAAAUAAAGCUAACUUCGUAGAGCCGUAAUGCA